AGUUUUAAUAGGAAAUUUUAGUUUUUCUCUUAGAGGUUCGGUCUUUGCAUAUUAAUUAGUUGCGAAGUAAAUGUAUAUAAAUACCACGAGAUAAUUAGGAAAAGAAGCAGAAGAAAGCUGAAAACAUGAUUAUGACACCGCUCGUUGUUUUAAUUUCGGUUGUUUCUUCAAUUACCUGUAGAGAAAUUUGGAACGAAGGAAACGAUCAUCAUCCGUUUGUAGCGGAUAUGAUAGUUGCCAGAUACUGCGCUUUGAAAGAUCGUGCCCGUGCUCGCUAUUGUUCAUUAGAAAAUCACUUCGUACUUAUCAACGAGUUUCACAAAAAUUGCGUUCAACAAGUAAAAUUUUUUCAAACUUUCGAAGAAAUAAAUGCAUUUAUAUGCAACCGCAAACACAGUUUGGAAUACGCAAAAUAUAUAAAAUGUUUUCGUGCAGCUAUGUCUGCUCUCAGUCAAGACAGUCCUUCGACCAUUCCUAAAACACUUAAAUGUUUAACGCUGGUGGAGAACCUCGAACAUAAAGAUAACCAUCAAAUUCAUCCAAAAUUUUUUCUUUAGGACUGUAGAUUUAAUUAGAGAAAAUCUAGAUGUCUUGUAAUUACAUUUAACAUUAUUAUCCAAUCAUUGUUUAAUCUUCGAAACAUUAAAUCGCGUCAUCAAUGUAACUAUUUAAUUACUAUUGUCUGUUAAGUGCUAUUACCAUAACGGAGUCUUAAUAGGCAAUAAUAAUACAAAAAAUAGAUUUAAGGACGUAAAGACAUUACUAUUUUUAAUAGUAUUUAUAUAAAAUAUUUCUCGAUGUGAUUACUUUUUGU